ACUAUUUUUUUCCGCACGAUUUUCUUGAAACCUUCUCUCUAGAAUUGGCUCUCUCUCUAGUUUCUCCCCUUAGAAAAGGGCAAGGAAAAGAGAAAAAACGGGAGGAAACGUAGCCGAGCCCUCUCCUCCUUCGUUUGAUUUAUUUUUUGACCUUGUAUUUUGAUCGCGCUUUGGGGUUUUGGGUUGAGUGUUGUUGGAGCUUUGAACCGGUGGUGGAUUUGGGUGGUGAGAGCAGAGCAAGAUGACGAUCCUGUCGAUGCCGGGGAGCUCAGGGAUGUUGGACCCCUUGCCGACGGGGAGAAUGUCGUACUUUGGCAAUUGGUAUGUGCUUGGGCUCACGGUGACGGCUGGGAUUGGAGGAUUUCUGUUUGGUUAUGACACAGGUGUCAUAUCUGGGGCACUUCUGUACAUCCGUGAUGAUUUUAAGGUGGUCAAUGAAAACAAUUUUUUACAGGAAACAAUUGUAAGCAUGGCACUAGUGGGAGCUAUGAUUGGAGCUGCAGGUGGUGGGUGGGUAAAUGAUGCAUAUGGACGCAAGAGAGCUACUCUUCUUGCCGAUGUGGUCUUCGCCAUUGGAUCACUCGUUAUGUGUGCUGCUCCGGACCCGUAUGUGCUCAUAUUUGGAAGGCUCCUCGUUGGUCUGGGUAUUGGUGUAGCCUCUGUCACUGCGCCAGUGUAUAUUGCUGAAGCAUCUCCUUCAGAGAUCAGAGGAGGUCUUGUGGGCACGAAUGUACUCAUGAUCACUUGCGGACAGUUCCUUUCGUACCUUGUAAAUCUCGCUUUUACUGAGGUUUCUGGGACUUGGCGCUGGAUGCUUGGGGUUGCUGCUGUACCAGCCAUUUUGCAGUUCAUUCUAAUGCUAUUACUUCCUGAAUCACCACGCUGGCUUUAUCUGAAUAAUGAGAAAGCUAAAGCUGUUGCUGUGCUUGCAAAAAUCUAUGACUCCGACCGUUUAGAGGAGGAGAUUGAUCAGCUUGCUGCUGCUUCUGAUGAUGAAUUUCAGUCGGAGAAAUCUGUCAGUUACUUUGAUGUUUUCAAAUCCAAGGAAUUGAGGCUUGCAUUUUUUGCUGGAGCUGGCCUUCAGGUUAGAUUUGGGUCACUUGGAAAAAUGGAGGAGCUUUGGCAGGCUUUCCAACAGUUCACUGGGAUCAACACCGUUAUGUACUACAGUCCCACUAUUGUCCAGAUGGCUGGCUUCUCUUCCAACCAACUUGCACUGCUCCUCUCCCUCAUUGUCGCUGCAGUGAAUGCUGCCGGGACCAUUGUUGGAAUCUCUCUCAUCGACCGUUGUGGCAGACGCCGCCUGGCUCUCACCAGCUUAUCAGGUGUCAUCAUUUCCCUUCUCAUACUCUCUGGGGCAUUCUUUCUGCAGUCCACCAGACUCUGCGAUGCACACACGCUUCAUGGCAACUGUGGAUCUAGCCUUGGGUGGUUUGCAGUUUUAGGCCUGGCUCUGUACAUUGCCUUCUUCUCCCCAGGCAUGGGCCCCGUACCAUGGGCGGUGAACUCAGAGAUAUAUCCAGAAGCCUAUCGUGGCGUGUGUGGGGGCAUGUCGGCCACGGUGAAUUGGUUGUCCAACCUGAUUGUGGCGCAGACAUUCCUUUCGCUCGUCUCUGUUGUGGGGACUUCAGGAACCUUUUUGAUCAUCGCUGCUGUGGCCAUGGCGGCAUUUGUCUUUGUGGCACACUUUGUACUGGAGACAAAGGGUCUGACCUUUGAGCAGGUGGAGAAGUUGUGGAGGGAGAGGGCAUGGGGUAGUGAUGGUAGUCAGCAAAGCCUUCUGGGAGCCGAGGCUUGAGUUCUGCAGGAACAUUCGCUCCUACACAUGCACUGCCUUUGCUUUUUAUAAGGCUAGUGUUUUAUGUGCAAGGAGAUAUUGUCAAAUUUAAAGAACCAAGAGAACAAAGCAUCCUCAGACAGAAACAAGCCUAUUUUGUUUCUUAAUGUUUUACCUGCCAUUCAUUCCACCUCAUUGCCUAGAGAUAUAUAUGUAAGUUAUGGUUGCAA